UGAGACCCACCUGAAGCGUCCCUGGCCCAACGCGCUGGAGAGGAUCUACGCCGCGCCUGCCUAGAGCUAGUUUCUGGCUUCCUUGCACUGGAGAAGCUGGGCAUUGAUGUAAAGGAUGAAUUUUUGGGUGAAUUGAGUUCUCAGACCAGUCCUCUGUUCUAAACUCACGAAUUCUCCCAACAUGAUUACUGCUCACCCAUAAAACUUCACUCGUUCAUUCGCAAAAUCAACGCCAACAUGUCGGACAAGGAGACCGCAAUCUAUAUCGUUGACCUUGGGUCGUCAACGGCAGAUUGUCACAACGGAAGGACGGAAUCAGAUCUUGACUGGUCUAUGCGAUGGGUGUGGGAUAAGAUAUCUACCACGGUCGCCGCCGGGAGGAAAACAUGGCACGUGGGCGUCAUAGGUGUAAGGACAGAUGAGACAAACAACCCCAUGGUGGAUGAUGAUGGAAAUGUUGAAGAGGGAUAUGAAAACAUAUCCAUACUCCAGGAGCUGCAGCCGAUGAAUUUAGGCCGUCUGAGAGAGCUGCAACCAAAGGUCAAGCCGAGCAACACAAACACUGGUGAUUGCAUAUCCGCGCUUGUUCCCGCUAUUGACAUGAUUGAUACAGUUGCGCCUCAGAGGCUCAAGUUCAAUCGCAAGAUCUUUAUGGUCACUUCAGGGGAGGCUCCUCUUGACCUUGAUCCGGAUGAUAUAGAGUCUAUAGCGGCACGACUCCGAGAAAACCAGAUUCAGUUGACAAUCCUGGGCAUUGACUUCGAUGACGCGGAGUACGGCUUCAAAGAAGAAGAUAAGACCGAGCAGAAGGCAGCAAAUGAAGCAUUGCUGAAGAGUUUGGUCGAUGCCGUCGGUGAAGAUCUUGGAACAUUUGGUACUAUUGUUGAAGCUGUUGACGAGCUCGAUGCGCCGAGGCUCAAGCAAACAAGACCAUAUAAAUCAUAUGAUGGCCCUCUGACUCUUGGUGAUCCCGAAGUUGACCCAAGAGCCUUGAGCAUUCAUAUCGAGCGGUACUUCAAGACCAAGAGGGCCCCCCCACCCUCAGCUAGCAAUGUCGUAUUCAAAGCACAUCAUGGAAGUCAGUCGACACAAACCCUCGAAAACGAUGAAAUGGAGGGUUUAGAGUAUGGCGGUGGAAGUGAUUUUGCGGCCGUCAAGAACGCUCGGGCUUACAGGGUCAACGAUCCUAAAGGACCAGGCGGUAAGCGAGACGUCGAAUUUGAGUCGUUGGCGAAAGGGUACGAGUAUGGCCGAACCGCUGUGCACAUUAGCGAAGCAGAGUUCAACAUCACCAAGUUGGAGAGCAAAAAGAGUUUCUCAAUCGUCGGCUUUAUUCAACAAGACAAAUUCGAGCCAUUUCUCAACUCCGGCGAAAGCUGUCUUAUAGUGGCACAGAAGAAUAGCCCAGCCGAUGCUCUCAAGCUAUCUUCCCUGAUCCAUUCUCUGCUCGAGCUCGAGUCAUACGCGCUGGCGCGUUUCGUAGCCAAGGAUGGGAAAGACCCCAUUCUACUCCUCCUCGCGCCGAAUGCUGAUGUGGAUUUUGAAUGUCUCUACGAUAUUCCGUUACCUUUCGCCGAAGAUGUUAGGCAAUACCCAUUCCCAUCACUCGAGAAAGUGGUCACUGUGAACAAUAAAGUUCUGACCAAGCACCGUUUCUUGCCGUCUGAGGAUCUCGUUGAGUCGAUGAGUGAGUAUGUGGAUGCCAUGGAUAUCUCAACAUACGCCCUGGACGAUGAGGGCGAGAGGACUUUGGAGUAUGCGACAGUGGAUGAUGCUUACAGUCCAGCGCUACAUCGAAUCAACCAAGUUGUUAGACAUCGUGCAAUUCAUCACGAUAAGCCGGUACCGCCUAUUCCGCCUAUUCUACUCAAGUACGCUAUGCCAGAUCAAGAGCUAGUGGAAACGGCAAAGUCGAGGCUUGAGGACUUAAUCGCUGUCGCUGAGAUCAAGAAAGUUCCACCAAAGGCUACUGGCAAGAGGCGCCGACAAGAGCAGAAGGGCGUCAAGCCCAUUUCGGGCUUGGAUGUUGAUGCUCUCCUGAGGGAACCUGCCAACAAGCGAACCAAGGUCGAUCCGGAUAAUGCCAUCCCGUCUUUCAAGCAAAUGAUGGACGCAUCUGAGGAGGAAUCAGUUUUCGCUGACGCCGCAAAGCAAAUGGGUGAUGUGAUACGUCAGCUCCUCACCAAUAACAUGGGGGGCGUCAAUGAUGACCGUGCGAUUGAGAACUUGGGAGUGUUCCGCGAGUAUAUGAUCAACUUCGAAGAGCCGAAGCUGUAUAACGACUUCCUCAAAGGCUUCAAGAGUCAACUCCUGUCAGGGGCGCUCGGUAAGGAAUCAGGAGGGGGACGUGAAUUCUUUCGCAAGAUGAGGUUUUCUAAACUUGGAUUGAUCGAUGACGUGAUAUCGGAUGUGUCAAAGGUCACAUCUGAGGAUGCUGCCAAGUUCUGGGAUCAGAAACACCCCAGUUAAGGCCUUCUGAAGUUGCCGUAACUGGUACCGUUGUAGCCUAACAUCAGACCUUACUUCAAACUCAAAAUCAAUGAGGUCUAAAGAUCUAGGUGUAUACAAUAUAUCAAUCUCUCAUCUGAAGGGAUGUGCCUUUGAGUAAUCUAUCUAUGAGAAAACAUGUAUCACUACACUAUUUUGCAAGGCAUAAGUGCAUAUCAUCCCGUGUCACGAAACCGGAAACCCAUAUAUGUUCGUAACAAGCUUUUUCAGGUGAUAAUUAUCACGCAAAUAACCGCAUU